CGUCAUCCAUCAGUGUUUCAUAUGUUUUUACAUUAAUUUAAUUUACAUUCAAAGCAACACGUACCUACCUAGCCUUUCACGCUACUAUUAGACACAUAAAAGAUAGGUACAUUGAAUAAUUUGUUGACCAAAGUUUGACGCAAGCAAACACGUGGCCACGUAACAAAUGCUCCACUCCACCUUGCUAGGAACUUCAAAUAUUAUUAUCACAGUUGAUAUACAGUGCCACAGUUCUACAGUAGAGUUUCAUUUUCAACAAUCGAGUGAAAGCUAGAUACUGUUAUCGUCACGCAAACAGUCUUUUUAAAUUGUAGUCUCAGUAUGUACCAAGACAAUCCCCCGCCGUAUACUGCUUCUCCGCCACCUCCAGGAAUGGCGCCGCCCCCACAAGGUAUGCCACAACCGCCACCUCCUGGUGUGAAACCAGGCUUUAGUUCUUCAGAACCUUAUCCUCCACCCGAAAGCCAUCAACACACUUCCACCACCCAUGUUGUUAUUACCCCAGGACCCGCAAUAAUGAACUUUGGACCUUCACCCCAACAUGUGGUUUGUCCUUCCUGCCAUGCAACAAUCACUACAACAGUUCAAACCGAACCAAAUACAAAAACUCAUUUAUUUGCUUUAAUUUUAUGUUUAUUCCAGUGCUACCUUUGCUGCUGUAUUCCAUAUUGCGUGGAUUCAUGCCAAAGUCAAAACCAUUAUUGCCCUAAUUGUCAGGCGUACUUGGGUGCCUACCAAAAUUAAUUUUGACUGAAAUUUUAACAUAAAUAUUAUUGUAGUAUACGUUAUAGUUUAUACGAGUACACACACGCUUUGUCGCACAACGUCUAAAGCCUGUUUUUCCUUUAAAUAAAUUUAAAAAGUCUAAAUUUUGGUGAAAAAAUUGGUAGCAGCUUUUCUCCAUAGCCAAUCAACGCAGACGACGAUUAAAAUGAAUUUACUAGUGGUGCCAACGUUAAGACUGUUUGGCAUUUCCAUUUAAAAAAAAGCAGACUUUACCUAUUAUUUUGGGUCAAUAUAAGUAGGACGUAUAUAAUAUAAGUUGUUAAGUUGUAGGUAAUUACGUAUUAAUUGUAUACAUAUGUUACCGUUCAAGCAUAGGUAUUUCAUGUAAACUUAUUAUUUUAUAAAAUACCUUAUGACGACAAUUAAAGUGUACAGUAUACAAUGUCAAAAAAAGAGUGUAAAAUUAUUUUGGUAUGAACCAAAAUAAACAAAAAACUCCUAAUAAACAUGGGUUCGCAAAGUAACGGUUUCGGAGAUAUGUAAUGUGAUUUUUUUACCUCUUUUUUAUUUUGCAAAAAGUUGCAUUUUCUUGUGAUAGUUGGCUGAUGUGUUGUGAAACAAAUAAGUAUGUGUUUGGCUGUUGUUGGCAAAGCCUGCAAGAGCGCCUGAUUUAAACCUUUUUUUUUUUUGGGGGGGGGAACCUUUAAAAAACAUUAGUCUAUGGUAUUCCGAGGAGCUGCAGCUACAACAGUGCCAACAAAUCCGAAUCAAUAAGGAGGUUUUAGAAAGAGUUCGAAUAUCCUUCAGACCAUGAUGUCGUGCCUGGGAAGAAAUGGAAGGAGUGCACUUUAAACAUCUUAAUAAGUUAUAUGUAACUUUUUUUUGCUAGAAGCUAGAAUAGAAUAAUAUUCUAAAUCUUCGAAACCGUUACUUUCCGGACCCAUGUUUAUUAAAACCUUUCUGAUUAUUUUGGUUCAUACUAUUACCUCUAUAAAUAUUUUACACUCUUUUUUAACACCCUGUAUAUGGAAUAAUUUUGGAUACUUUUAUUAGGUAUUCUAGUAACUAGUUAACGAUAUCGUUGGUAUAUAAUGUAACUUAUUCCUAUUUUUAUAUAAUUUUAUAAACAUGUAUAUGUAGUUAGUUACUUCCACAAAUAUUUUGUAACGACUGUUAUUAUGAUAUACAUACCUACCUACUUAUUAUUUUUAAAAUCUAGCACAAACAAUUCCAGGACGUGUUUUAGGUUCAAAUAUUGUUGUUUGAAAAAAGCUACAAUUAUUCGUACAUAUUUGUACAUACUUUCGUUUUAAUGUUGUUCUUAAAAUCUGUUUUCUUGCAGUUUCAUAUAAUAUUCAUGUUUUAAAAACGUAAAUGAAUUUUUAUUUGAUA